CUCGCUUACAUGGAGGAAAAUGUCGAGUCUCUUGAGGGACUGUAUAGCCGAGGAAUACGACGUCUUUAUGAGGCAGUAGAAUGUGGAAGUGUCGAAGAAUAUCGUCAAGUUCUAGAUAACGAAGUCAGCACGAUUCAAAAACAAGACAGCAAAUGCGAGCUAACCAGACAGCAGAUAGUAGAAAGACUACUGACAACACACAUCGAGAACAAUAGUACAGCAUUAAUAGCCGCAGCUAGAGGCAAUCAUCGUGAAAUCGUGCGCUUUCUGUUGGAUGAAUGUUUGGUUGAUAUCGAACAGACCGGAAGGGUUAAGUCGUUUCAGAACAGCACGUAUGACCGGUAUGUAGAUGAUGCUACACCACUGUGGAUAUCAUCAACAGGCGGGCAUGUUGAGCUAGUGAAGGAUUUGAUCGAUAGAGGAGCCGAUUUAAAUCACGGAACGAGAACGAAGUCGACACCGUUUCGAGGUGCUUGCUUCCAUGGUCACAUGGAUAUCAUACGAACGUUGGAAAGAGCUGGAUGUGACGUGAACCUUUAUAAUGAUCAGUUGCAGACACCGCUGCUGACUGCGUGCGCAACUGGACAGUUAAGUGUGGUAAAGUUUUUGUUUGAAAUCGGAGCCAAGCGAACUGUGGAAUCGACUGGCCUGAAUGAACUGUUUGUAGCUGCUUCGUAUUCUAAUUACGAUAUUGUUCGAUAUUUAGUGUCUUCAACUGGUGAUGAGUAUUCCGUAGAAGAGAAAAUCAUGGCUUUGGAACUAGCAGGAGCAUCGGUCAUUGACAUGGAUAAAGGCAUGGGAGUUGGGCUAUCAUUAUGGCAAGAGGCACUAGAACUAAGACGGACAGACUCAUCACACUUACUGAAUGACCUUCAAAAUGUACAUACAGUUAAUGCGUAUCGAAAUGUGAUGGAACCUGUGAGUGACGAUGAUCUCUUAGCUCUUGCUACUGAUCCAGAUAUGAUGAUGAUGAGAGCUCUUGCUGUUAGAGAACGCGUUUUAGGAACACACCAUCCAUUUACAGCUCACCAAGUAAGAUAUCGUGCAGUACAAUACAUUCGACAUAAAAUGUAUGAUCGAUGUAUCGAUCUAAUGAAACAUGCCAUGAAGUUGCAAAACCAAGUCACAUGUCGAGUCGAUAGUCCCGCUUUUGAAGAAGAUGAGAUCAUCCUUGUGCAUGCACGGUUAUUCCAAUACUUUAGUCUCAAAUGGUAUUUCACAGACAUGGAACCAUUCUUUAGUGAUGCUGUCCAUAAGAUGGAGAAAGUCUUGAAAAGCAUUACAGCUAGAGAAGAGACUGAAGAUAUGCGGAAAGCUGUAGGAAAAUUGAUGGUUUCUUGUCUUCAUUUGCUUGCAGUGUGGAUCAAGUGUUUGUGUGAGAGUAAAAAAUUACAAGAUGAUGAGCAUUCGACUAAAGUGACAGAAGCACAUUCUUCUGAAUGUGUUACACAAUUAGUUCGUAAAUUGAUUCUUCUUGAUCCAAGAAAUGAGAAAGGCCAGACUCUGUUACAUUUGGCAUGCACACACGAAACAAAAGGAGCAUUUGCUGUUGAUCGACGACCAAUGGAGUUUCCAUCUCUACCUGUUGUAAAGUGUCUCAUCAAAUCUGGUCAUCGGCUCAAUAUCCAGAGUAACAAUCAAGAGACACCUUUCUUAUUGGCUUGUAACAGAACGUCACGCUGCAAAGUCGACAUUCUAAACGAACUACUGACAAGAGGAACAUACGCUCACUGCAGAGACAUUCACGGACGGACAGCAUUGCAGUUGUGUACCAGUGGCUCUGAAGUUAGCGACUGGCUUAGUGAACAUCUUCCAUUCAAGACCCUGCAGUCUUUUUCCGCUUGUGCUGUGAAGGACAACUUGAUAUCAUAUGUUGGUCAUGUGCCUACGUCUUUACAUCGUUUUUUGGACUACCACUAGUAGGUAGCUUUCCUCUUUUUUUACAUUGUAGGUCAUGUAGUCAUAUUUAUUAUAUUACAUACAGACUCAUUUGAAUCAGGAUGCAUAUG